AUGGUCCAUCUAGUGGAAGAUGUUAGCCGUUGGAUCCUGCUUGGAUAUCUCCUCCCUCUCUCAGUUCUGGGUUCCCAGGAGACUGGGAGAGUGAUCCGUAUCAACAAAGUCAGCCAUCAGCCGGUGCGGGUGGGCCUGGCAGAACCGGUGUCCCUGCCGUGCCUGUUUCUCUUGCAAGCCCCCCUGGGCCCCAGUGAACUGUCUGACCCACCGCGCAUCAAGUGGAGCAAAGUACAAUCUGCCACUGGGCAGCCGGAAGACAUAUCUGUCCUGGUAGCCAAGGAUAAUGUGGUGAAGAUCUCCAAGAACUACGAGGGGAGAAUCUCACUGCCCGGAUAUCCCCACCAUCGAGAAAACGCCACACUCUUCUUUCUGGCUGCCCGGGCCAGCGACGUGGGACUUUAUCGUUGUGAAAUUGUCACUGGGAUUCACGAUGAGCAAGACUUGGUCCCUCUGGAAGUCACAGGUGUGGUUUUUCACUACCGAGCGGCUAGCAACCGCUACGCUUUGACUUUCUCAGAGGCGCAGAAGGCCUGCGAAGAGAACUCAGCAGUCAUUGCUUCUCCGGCACAUCUUGAAGUGGCAUUUGAGGAUGGCUACGACAACUGUGAUGCCGGAUGGCUCUCCGACCACACUGUUAGGUAUCCCAUCACCCUGUCAAGACCUGGUUGCUAUGGAGACCGCAACAGCCUCCCAGGGGUCCGCAGCUAUGGCGAGAGAGAUGCCAGCGAAGCAUAUGAUGUCUACUGCUACUCCAAAGAUCUCCAAGGCAGAGUGUUUUAUGCUACCAGCCCAGGUCGGCUGACAUUUCAAAUGGCCCAAAAGUAUUGCCUGAGUCAAGGUGCUCAGCUAGCCACCACUGGGCAGUUAUACCUUGCCUGGCAGGAAGGGCUGGACCAGUGUGACCCAGGGUGGCUUGCCGACGGAAGCGUCCGCUAUCCAAUCCGAAUCCCACGGAAGAAAUGUGGAGGAGAUAAACCCGGUGUGAGGACGGCCUACCAGUUCCCGAACCGGACUGGCUUCCCAGAUCCAGCAUCCAAAUUCGAUGCUUACUGCUACAAAGCCGAAACUGACCCUUGCGAUAACGACCCAUGUUUGCACGGGGGCACUUGCCAGUCGAGUGGAAACCUCUCCAGCUGCAGCUGUCCUCCAGGAUUCACGGGCGAGAACUGUGAAAUAGACGUCGACGACUGCUUAUCCAAUCCUUGUCAGAAUGGCGGGACCUGCAUCGACGAGAUCAAUGCCUUUGUCUGCCUGUGUCUGCCCAGCUAUGGAGGGAGCUUGUGCAACCGAGACACAGAGGGCUGUGACCACACUUGGCGCAAGUUCCAAGGUCACUGCUAUCGCUACUUCGCCCAUCGGCGCUCUUGGGAGGAGGCAGAGAGGGACUGCCGACGGCGGUCAGGACAUCUGACCAGCAUUCACUCCUGGGAAGAACAUAAUUUCAUUAGCAGCCUUGGCCACGAGAACACAUGGAUCGGCCUCAAUGAUCGCAUCGUGGAACAGGAUUUCCAGUGGACAGACAACACUGGAUUGCAAUACGAGAACUGGCGCGAAAACCAGCCAGACAAUUUCUUUGCGGGCGGUGAAGAUUGCGUGGUGUUGGUGUCUCACGAGACUGGCAGGUGGAACGACGUUCCUUGCAACUACAAACUUCCGUAUGUCUGCAAAAAAGAUACAGUGCUGUGUGGGCCGCCCCCCCUGGUGGAAAACGCUUCCCCGGUUGGAAAGAAGAAGCAGAAGUACAGCGUCCACUCGACCAUCCGAUACCAGUGCGCAGAAGGGUUCCUCCAGAGACAUUUGCCCACCAUCAAAUGUCACAUCAACGGCCUGUGGGAGAACCCCAAAGUCCUCUGCACAAAACCCAGACGGUCCCACAGAACUCGGCGGCACCACCGUCACCACCGCCAGCGCCGUCAGCAUCACCAUCACAAAUCCCGCAAGGACCGGAGGAAACACCAGAAGCAGCAUCCAAAGCUGGACUGGGUGGAGGACGGCAGCAACUACUUUUAACCACUGACCCCAACGGAAGCACAAGCUUAGAUCCCUUCCCCAUUUCUCCAGCCCCCACCCCCGAUCUUCCUCCUGAACACCCAGGAUGUGACGGGUUUCCAUGUGCGAUGGGAGCUGUUGAUAGCCUCCUCUUCCCCUCCUGUAUCUCUUCCCCAGGGCCCACCGUGGGAAUGGCACAGUUGCGUGCAAUGCAUACCCACUAUGCAUUCAUGCAGCUAUGCUGAAAACCUGGCACUUUUACAACAUGGUCAGCCCCAUUCCAGUCAGGUCAGCAUGCUUCUCACGGCCCCCGGCAGAGUUGGGGUGCAAAGCCCAGCUUUCUGAGAAUUAGCUCUCAUUUUCAAAAGAGAAGUUGCAAGGCCUCAUCUUGGGUGGCAAAGAUCUCCU